AUGUUCGACGCUCAGAAGGCCGCAGUGCCGUCCUUCAUGGCUCCUCCGACAUUCCUGCAGUCAAGAGCGUCAACCCUGACACCAAGCGACUCGAGCUCAAACUACGAUGAGAUGGAAAAGGACAUCGCGAGCUCUGCCGCAUCGUUUCAAGAUAUACGAAUUGAUCCCAUCCUUCUCCCUCCUGUCCCGUAUAGCGAGCUAUCGAGAAUACCUUCCGCCAAGUCAGAACAAGCCGAGAUCGUAAAUAACGAAGACGAUCUCGAAUAUCCCAAGGGAAUGAAGCUGGCUUUGAUUGUCAUGGCAUUGUGUUUCAGUGUGUUUUUGAUGGCUCUCGACAACUCCAUCAUAGCCACCGCCAUCCCGCGUAUCACGGAUGAGUUCAAGAGCUUGAACGACGUCGGCUGGUACGGCAGUGCCUACCUCCUCACAACAGCCUCUCUCCAGCUGCUCUUUGGCAAGUUUUACAGCUUCUUCAGCAUUAAGUGGGUGUAUUUGAUCACCAUCGCCAUCUUCGAGCUGGGCAGCUUGAUCUGCGGUGUCGCACCCAACAGUAUCGCUCUGAUCAUUGGCCGCGCCAUCGCGGGAGUAGGUUCAGCCGGCAUUUUUGCCGGAGCACUCAUCAUCCUCGCCUAUAGCGUGCCUCUCGAGAAGCGUCCCAUCUAUACUGGUGCCGUUGGUAGCAUGUGGGGUAUCUCGUCCGUUGCUGGUCCUUUGCUGGGUGGUGUCUUUACAGAUAGUCUGACGUGGCGGUGGUGUUUCUACAUUAACCUGCCGAUUGGAGCCGUCACCAUCUUUGUCAUUCUCUUCUUCUUCCCUGAUCCCGUCCGCUCCAUUCCCCAAGAGACAUGGCGAACACGCUUCAUCCAGAUGGACCCUCUCGGAAACAUGCUCUUCAUGCCAGCCAUCAUCUGCCUCCUUCUCGCUCUUCACUGGGGUGGCGUCACAUACCCCUGGGCCUCUGCCCGCGUCAUCGUUCUCUUCCUGAUUUUCGGCUUCGGCAUGGCGGGCUUCCUCUACUUGCAGUACCUUGGCCAGGAAAACGCCACAGUCCCGCCGCGCAUUUUCAAGCAGCGCUCAGUCUGGUCGUCCUCCUUCUUCGCCUUCAACACUGGCGCCGCCUUUCUUUUGUCUGUCUACUUCCUGCCCAUCUGGUUCCAGUCCGUUCAGGGUGUCUCCGCCGUCAACUCGGGAGUCAGAAAUUUGCCCAUGCUGGUCAGCAACAUCAUCGCUUCACUCGUUGCCGGUGCCGCUGUCACUAUCUGGGGCCUGUACACCCCAUGGAUGAUUCUUGGCUCGAUUCUCAUGGGAAUCGGAUACGGCCUCAUCUCCACCUUCAACCCCAACACAUCCUCCGCGAUGUGGAUCGGCUACCAGAUUCUCGCCGGUGCCGGAGUCGGCGCCGCUAUGCAGCAGCCUUUAAUGGCUGUGCAGGUGGUCCUCGACAUGGCCGACGUGCCCACGGGAACCGCCAUCAUCAUCUUCACACAAACGGUUGGCGGUGCCAUCUUUGUCGCCAUCGGCCAGACAGUCUUUACCAACAAGCUCGUGGAGAGCCUAGUCGAGUACAUCCCGACCAUUGACCCCCACUCCGUCAUCGCCGCGGGUGUGACAGCCAUCCGCAAGACCAUUGAUCCGUCCCUCCUGCCCGCGGUAGAGCACGCCUACAGCGACGCCCUAGCACAGGCGUUCCUAGUGAGUGCUGUGACGGCCUCGGCGACCAUCAUCGGCUCCGUGUUUGUGGAGUGGAAGAGUGUCAAGGGCAAGGAUGUCCACGUAGGCAUGGCGUAG